AUGUCUGCCGACUACCAUGCAAAGAUGCAACAAAUGUUGUUCAAUCGAUAUACAAAUCCAACACCUAAUGUUGCCCAGGAGGCAAACGUGCCACAUAUAGCAAACCAAGGACCUAACGCAGCUAUCGCCACGACUACGACCACUGUCAACUCCACUAUGGUCCCUACAAUGAACAACAACUAUUAUCCACAACCAAACGGCAACCAUGCGUCUGAGAUGAGUCUACUAACGCCAAACAUAUAUGAAUAUAAGUCAAAUGUUAUUGAAAAUCAGGGUGGCAACGAUUUUGGAUACUUCUCGAGUCGAGCUGCUGUGUCGGUACCUUCGUCACGAAUAGACAGUUACAACAGCAAUAAUAGUAACACUUUUGAGGAAGAAAUUGAGCGGUUUACCAAGGAACAUGACUCUAAUGUCAUACCUAUUCAUGGAUUUAACCACCACCAAGAACAAUUCGACAAUCAUUCUACGAUAGAUAAUUUAGCAUGUCACAUGGCUGUACCCCCACAACUACAACAGCUACCAAUGCCAACAUUACCACAACAGACAACGGCACUACCAUUACCACCGCAGCAACAACAACCAGUGCCACAGCAAGGAAUGCAGUUUUAUGACACCAAUCAAGAGUUCCUUGAACCGGUAGCACGUCCUCAAGCAUAUAGACAAAAUACGGCACCAGCAUCUAGUUUAUCUAUACAAAACUUGCAACAGCAUCAACUCCAACAGCAACAACAACAAGCAUAUUAUAACCAUCUUCAACAACAAAAUACCCUCAAAUCGUCCGAUGUCGGUUUAGCAAAUCGUCACUUGAAUGUGGCAAACGAUCAUUUACACGUAAGGCGUGAAUCUUUUUCUCAUGAAACUAAACCCAAAAUUAAAAAGGGCAGACCAAGGAAGAAGCCAGCAUUCCAUUUACAAUUAGAUAAUGUCAAAAUAUGUGUUCCAACAAUAACAUCUUCACAAUCGGAUUCGGGAACUGAUUAUUGGAAUAGAACACCUAGUGGACACGUCCGUCGAAGACUUGCAUCUUCCACUAUGGCAACUUUGGUCAACGGAUCUAAUUCAAAAUCCAAUGAAAGUGAUUUGAAAAUUGCAGACAAAGAUUUGAGUUUUGCUGAUCGUAAUUUUGCCAUUCCCACAUUUAACCUCACCCCUUCAAUGGAUCCUCCAGGAAACCCCAAUGGGUAUUUUGAAUUGAACACCACCCCUGGUGUCAAUGGGAAUCUUGAAACCUCAGGUGGGUUCUUUUCACCGGCCAUUAAUGAUAAUUCAGUUAACAACUUUAACAAAACCUUUGAAGAUUAUUUACAAGAAGCAGAGAAAUUAUCUGAUCAUAAAGGCACAGGUGAUAAUAAUAAUAAUGGCAACAUUGCUAGCAUCAAUCAGAGCAAUAUCGUUGAUUUACAACAAGGUACCUUGGAAACUAAUUUUACAGAAUUAGAUAUACCACAAAGUCAGAGUAUGUUCACUCCAUUGAAUUUUGAUUCCUCAGUUGGUGACGACUUUUUAUCACCCGAAAAUGGAACUCAGUUUGAUCGCGGCCGUUUAUAUUCGAAUGAGAUCACACUGCAAUAUUUAACUGUUGGGUCAGGAGACGAGGAAGAUGAUCAGGGGCUGGAUUUCAGAUUGCAAUUGCCUGUCUUGCAGAAAACUGUUUCUGGUCAAAGUGGUCAUAGUCCAGGCUCCGUAGGAUCUGAACUGGCAUAUUCUGUCAGCGCUGGUUAUACUCCACCUACAAUGAGUGUCACUGGUACAGCCAACACUAACACGAACACUACCAAGCUUCUGAAAAAGAGAGCUUCCAAGGGAGCUGUUUGUAGUGUUUGUGACAAGUAUAUCAGUAGGGAUAUUGCCAGACAUAUGAGAAUUCAUGAUGAAGUUGGUCGUUUCCAAUGUGUUUACCCCAAAGCGAUGUGUAAUCACAAAACACAAAAUUUCAAUCGACCUUAUGACUACAAAAAGCAUUUAUUACAUCUGCAUUUCGUAUUUGAUGACCCAAAGGGGAAAGCUGCAAAUACAUUGACUGACAAAUUACCUAUUAUGGGAUCAUGUGAAGCAUGUGGUGCUCGUAUGAUUGCCAAUGAUUGGUUGGAAUCACAUAUUUUAACAAAAAACCCAAAACUCAAAUGUCCCUACAGUAAACAAGGCUAA